UGAAAAAAAAACUGUAAACACUAAAACUCUUUCUCUCAACGCGUGCCUCCAAUGAAGAACUCUCCAAGAAACAAAGAUGACUCCUCACCAAGCCGCAACAUCAUAACCGUCACCAGAAUCACCACUCCAAACCGACCCUAUAUCACCAGAUCCGAAACCGCCACUGUGUGCACCGACUCUUUUUCCUACAGAGAAAUCGUCCAGAUCCUCACCGGACCCUCCAUGUUACGUUACCCAACCAACCAACCCGAACCGCCCCUGAGGUACUUACUUCCUCCACGCACUACCGUCCCAACCAAGAAGCGCUCUUCUUCUUCUUCAUCCUCCACCAUCUACGAACGCCGCCGCAACCAACUCAAGAUCAACCCGGUACGUUCCGGGUUAACCGAGAACAUUCCUCUCACCAGCCCUGACACUCCUCUCCUUCAUGACCCGUUUUCUCGUUCCGGGUCUGUUACUCCCAGCCCGAGCGGUUCCGAGUCCGACGUCGAGGAGAGAGAGAUAAGAGAGAAAGGGUUUUACUUGCACCCGUCACCGUCGUCGACUCCGACGGAUCCGAAGCCACAACUUCUCAGCCUCUUCCCGUUGACUUCUCCUCGAGCUGAAGAUUCUCCCGCCUCCUCUACCUAAGCUCCUCAUGCACCCUAUUUAAACCUAAUUGGAAUAAAUAUUAGCUAAAUUUUUAAUUUCGUUAUUAUCGUUUUGGAAGCUAAGAUUUGGGAAUGCUGCUUGUAGCUAACUAAAAUCAUGGCUCCAUAUAUCUAUGUUGUUGUUUUCUUUACCCAUCAUUAACAUUUGGGUUUCAUAAACUUAUUCAUGUUCCAUUGGAUGUUAUAAUCAUUUAAU